ACAUCUCUGUCCUCCAAUACACGGCGCCAUUGGUUCUGCCCUGUUUCGCUUCGGGGCUAGAAAAGAGUCGUUGCCGGCGGCAGCAAUGAAUCCUCCGUGGUGUCCGCAACUCGGCGUCGCUGGGGAGCGGCGGCGGCUGCUGGUGGUUUCUUUGCAGAUAUACUGCUGUUCGUAAACAUUGUCCCAUUGAGAACACUAGGAAAGUUCAGCCACCAGCAUGCCGAAGCACAAACUUAUUAUACUGAGACAUGGAGAGGGUGAAUGGAAUAAGCAGAACCGAUUUUGUAGCUGGGUGGACCAGAAACUUAACAGUGACGGAUUAGCGGAAGCUCGGAACUGUGGGAAGCAACUCAAAGCACUGAACUUUGAAUUUGAUCUUGUCUUUACCUCCAUUCUUAACCGGUCCAUUCACACAGCCUGGCUGAUCCUGGAAGAGCUGGGGCAGGAAUGGGUUCCUGUAGAGAGCUCCUGGCGUCUGAAUGAACGCCACUAUGGAGCCCUGAUUGGUCUCAACAGGGAGAAAAUGGCUUUGAACCAUGGCGAAGAGCAGGUGAGGCUCUGGAGGAGAAGCUACGACAUCACCCCACCUCCUAUUGAGGAGUCUCAUCCCUACUUCCACGAGAUCUACAGUGACCGCAGGUAUAGAGUGUGCGAUGUGCCGCUGGAGCAACUGCCACGGUCAGAAAGCUUGAAGGACGUCCUGGAAAGACUUCUUCCCUACUGGAAGGAAAGGAUUGCUCCGGAAGUAUUAAAGGGCAAAACCGUCCUGAUAUCUGCUCACGGGAAUAGCAGCAGAGCCCUCCUGAAACAUCUAGAAGGUAUCUCAGAUGAAGAUAUUAUCAACAUCACUCUUCCCACCGGAGUUCCGAUUCUGCUGGAGUUGGAUGAGAACCUGUGUGCUGUUGGGCCUCACCAGUUCCUGGGUGACCAGGAGGCCAUCCGGGCAGCCAUUAAGAAAGUGGACGAUCAAGGAAAAGUGAAACAAAGCAAACAGUAAAGCCCUUCCCCAGCUUGGCCAGGAAGCAGCACAGGGGUGGUGUGCAGUGUGUGACGGGGCAGGUUUCUCCUCCCCCCAUUGUCCCUUCUUUCUCCAAGGCUAGGCUGUGAGGUAGAGUUUGUGUAGAUAGCUAGGUAAUUUAUUUAGGUCAGAUGUAAGCUGAGGAUGCUGAAGAAUUUUGUCUUAAGCCUAAAUUAACUUUUCUUCUACUCUUCUUUGAAUUUAGUUUGCCAAGUAGUGGCUAGUGAGGUUUGAUCAAGAUUGUUCUAUGAGUUUUGGAGACAGAAUAACAAAUGGAGAUGAAAGUGUUCAUCACUUAACAAGUCGUCAUUGAGUUGCCACUGACAGGCACUAUUCCAGUGAGCAGCUCACCUUUUUACUAAGUUAAUACUUUCUGAGCUGAAUGAAGACUCCUAGGUAGCAUAUGAGCCAUUUAGACCAGAGGCCCAUCGAAUGGGAGGUCACAGAUGGGUCCUAGGGAAGGCAACCAACCGCCGUGAUGACUCAAGGCCCUUUAUUCCCCCCCAGCCCAGCACUGUCCUAUUUGCCAUUAGUAGAAAUUACCUGUGGCCAUUAGAACAACCAGGAUAUGCACAGCUGUCACCGUUUAUAUUCUUCUUCUGUUUCAGUUGUAGUUUUUGGACUUUAAUCUUUGGGUACUUAACAGUUAGCUUAAAAUAAAGUUUUAUGACUGCAAACAACA